AAGUAGCAAAAGCGUAAGAGUGGUAGUAUCCGCUUCAAAUCUUCGAUUCCAUCACUGAUAUUUCUCUUCGCUUAUUUUUCUUCAUCUCUCCGCCGAAGAUGGCGCCGCCUGCGGCAGCAGUUGAGGGCGGCCAGGCACCGCAAGGGAGGCAGCAACAGCAGCAAGGAGGGUUUGGUCUCACUGGAAUCAUACGAAUGGUCGUUUUCUGGUAUUUCGCUUCCAAAUUCUUUUCUCCCAAAAAGCCUACCGAACCUUCCGCUCUCAUCUCCAACCUCUUCCAGAAAGCCCUGCCUCUGGAUAUGUGGCUUUAUCUUUCUGAGCACGAGAAGUUCAAUGACUUUGGUGGUGAAAAUUCUCUUGUAUGGCAUGAAACCAAUAUUCCGUAUGCAGUUUGGGGACCUGAAAGCACCAGGACACUUACUAUGAAGUAUCAUCCAUCUGAGAAUUUGAAGAAUAAUGGGAGUCUAUAUGCUCAUGUUUUCUUUGCACACUCUGGCUUUUCGCCUGAUCCAACUGAUCCGGAGUACCAGCCUCAGGCAGCAUUUGGAAGGACACAUCCUGUUGUGAUGUACUUGCCCAAGACUAAAGCAGAUAAAAGGAAAAGUCUGUUGGGAAACUCAGCUGAUUCUAGUGAGGCUCAAGAGACACCCAAGGUGGUUGAUGAAACUGAAGAUAAUUCUAAGGAUGAUGUUCCUGUCGAGUGGGUUUCAUAUUGGAAACCGAAUAUAACAAUAAACUUGGUUGCUGACUUCACUCAGUACCCAAAAGCAGGCAUACCACCAAACAUUGCUCCAUACUUGAACAUUGAUCCUAGCACUGGGAACUACUAUCCAACUGUAUUUUUCAAUGAGUUCUGGUUACUCAGGGAUAAGUUGAUACCUUUGAAUGAGACUGUAACUGAGUUAUCACUUAAUCUGGAAGUCGGUCCCAUUAGUAUGACAAAGUGGCAGUUAUUCCUACAGAUCGACCAGUCCUUCCAGAUUCACCGUAAUUAUGGCAGCAUGCUUGAAGGCGAGGCUGAUGAACUUAAGAGGGUAUUCUUGGAAGGAAAUCCUUACCUCCUGGGGGUUACCAUGAUUGUUUCUCUUCUUCAUUCUGUUUUUGACUUCUUGGCUUUCAAGAAUGAUAUCCAAUUUUGGAACAAAAAUAAAUCUAUGGAAGGACUCUCUGCAAAGACUGUUGUUGUGAGCUUUAUUUGUCAACUUAUUAUCUUUCUUUAUCUGCUUGACAAUGACACGUCUUGGAUGAUUCUUGCGAGCUCUGGUAUUGGUUGCAUAAUUGAGUUCUGGAAAAUUGGAAAAGCCAUGCGCAUAGAGGUUGAUAGGACAGGGAGGAUACCUAUGUUGAAGCUACGUGAUAGGGAGUCAUAUGUACGAAAUAAGACAAAAGAAUAUGAUGACAUUGCAAUGAAGUAUUUAUCCUAUGUUCUAUUUCUCCUUGUUGCCGGCUUCUCCAUUUACUCACUAAUGUAUGAGCGUCACAAGAGUUGGUAUUCUUGGAUUCUGUCUUCACUCACAAGUUGUGUAUACAUGUUUGGUUUUAUAAUGAUGUGUCCUCAAUUGUUCAUCAACUACAAGCUGAAAUCUGUUGCUCAUCUACCUUGGAGGCAAAUGACUUACAAGUUUCUCAACACGAUAAUUGAUGAUCUUUUUGCUUUUGUCAUUAAAAUGCCAACAUUACAUCGGCUUUCUGUCUUCCGUGAUGAUCUUAUCUUUCUCAUAUAUUUAUACCAGAGGUGGAUUUAUCCAGUCGACAAGAAACGUGUAAAUGAAUUUGGUUUUGGAGGUGAGGAUGAUCAGGCUGUGGAUUCUGCAGAGACAGACGCUGCUAAGGAAGAUGAGAAGAAAACUAAUUGAUUUGGUUUUCUCUAAACCACUUGAGAAAAUUUUACAGUAGAUACUUAAUACUGUGGAAUUCAAUGGGGAGGGGGUUAAUUUGUUUUUCUCCCCCUUUGGUUACACAUUUGCAAUUAGAUUUUUGUUUAAAGAAAGCCUUAGUUUGGUUUUGCCUCCUUGAAGUUUUACUAGGACCGAAGGAUAGAGGGUAUCUAACUGCUGAGACCUUCAUGGAUUACAGCUUUAGUUACCCCUCCUAGUUUUCUUUAUUCUUAAAUAUUUGUGGUUUAUUUUUGUGCUAGAUCACCCUAUUAUGUAUUAUUUUCUUCUACUCCUAAUGUAUUGCUUACUAAUUUAUCCUUCGUUUAUUUAUUUGUUUUGUAAUUUGAGUUGAAUUUUUUUUUUCCUAAACAUUUCGGAUUAAGCUAAUUUUUACAAUUACACUAG